AAGGAGUCGCGAGCUGCUGGAGCGGAGUGGGAGGAAGCGGCGGCUGCAGCGAAGGCAGCGGGCGAGAGGGUCGGAGCCGACGAGCUCGGGUCAGGAGCGGCCGGUGGGUCGAAGACGGGUCCGAGGCGCGUGGAGCCGUGAGCGUAGAAGGCUGCCGCUGCUACCCGGGCCCCGCGGAGGAAGGAAGCCCGCCGGCCGGGAGGUGAAGCUCACGUGUGGCGUGCAGCAGUAAAAUCAGACGACAGAUGGACAGUGUGACAAGAGUGUCGGAAAGGAUUGGGCCUCGCCGUGAGAAUCAGCCUGGAGUCAGAGUGUUGACAAGUUGCUGAAAAGGAAGCGAGUGGGAAGACUGUGGCCUGAAAAGGAAGUGGAGUCCUGACUUCAGUCACACCAUUGAUGGAGGACAGAUGGACAGCCGGAUGGCCAGUCGCCUCUCCUCUUAAGCCUUUGGAGAGCUGUCUUUUGUCCUCUGCUGGACUCACCUUAGGAAUCUUACUACAUCCUCUGAAUUCACUUUUCAUAGUAACGUAAAGUGAGGCUGCAGUGUGGAACCAGACCCGUGCGGUGCAUGGUAACAGAUCUGCAGGCAUGAGUGCCGAAGGGUACCAGUACAGAGCGUUGUAUGAUUAUAAGAAGGAGCGAGAAGAAGACAUUGACUUGCACUUGGGUGACAUAUUGACUGUGAAUAAAGGGUCCUUGCUAGCUCUUGGAUUCAGCGAGGGACAGGAAGCCAGACCUGAAGAAAUUGGCUGGUUAAAUGGCUAUAAUGAAACCACAGGAGAGAGAGGGGACUUUCCAGGAACUUACGUAGAAUAUAUUGGAAGGAAAAAAAUCUCACCUCCCACACCAAAGCCCCGACCACCUCGGCCCCUCCCUGUUGCACCAGGUUCUUCAAAAACUGAAGCAGACAGUGAGCAACAAGCUUUGACUCUUCCAGAUCUCGCAGAACAGUUUACUCCUCCUGACAUUGCCCCACCUCUUCUUAUCAAGCUAGUGGAAGCCAUCGAAAAGAAAGGUCUGGAAUGUUCAACUCUAUACAGAACACAGAGCUCCAGCAACCCAGCAGAAUUACGACAGCUUUUUGAUUGUGAUGCCGCAUCCGUGGACUUGGAAAUGAUCGAUGUGCAAAUUUUAGCGGAUGCUUUCAAACGCUAUCUCCUGGACUUACCAAAUCCUGUCAUUCCGGUAGCCGUUUACAGUGAGAUGAUUUCUCUGGCCCCAGAAGUACAAAGCUCCGAAGAAUAUAUCCAGCUGUUGAAGAAACUCAUUAGGUCGCCUAACAUACCUCAUCAGUAUUGGCUUACGCUUCAGUAUUUGCUAAAACAUUUCUUCAAGCUCUCUCAAACUGCCAGCAAAAAUCUUUUGAAUGCAAGAGUACUCUCUGAACUUUUCAGCCCUCUACUUUUCAGAUUUCCAGCAGCCUGCUCUGAGAAUACGGAACACCUCAUAAAAGUUGUAGAAAUUUUAAUCUCAACUGAAUGGAAUGAACGACAGCCUGCACCAGCACUGCCUCCUAAACCACCAAAACCCACUACUACUGUAGCCAACAACGGUAUGAAUAACAAUAUGUCCUUACAAGAUGCUGAAUGGUACUGGGGAGAUAUCUCGAGGGAAGAAGUGAAUGAAAAACUUCGAGAUACAGCUGACGGAACCUUUUUGGUACGAGACGCAUCUACUAAAAUGCAUGGUGAUUAUACGCUUACACUAAGGAAAGGAGGAAAUAACAAAUUAAUCAAAAUAUUUCACCGAGAUGGGAAAUAUGGCUUCUCUGACCCAUUAACCUUCAACUCUGUGGUUGAACUAAUAAACCACUACCGGAAUGAAUCUCUAGCUCAGUAUAACCCCAAGCUGGAUGUGAAAUUACUUUACCCAGUAUCCAAAUACCAACAGGAUCAAGUUGUAAAAGAAGAUAAUAUUGAAGCUGUAGGGAAAAAAUUACAUGAAUAUAACACUCAAUUUCAAGAAAAAAGCCGUGAAUAUGAUAGGUUAUAUGAAGAUUAUACCCGGACUUCCCAGGAAAUCCAGAUGAAGAGAACAGCUAUUGAAGCAUUUAAUGAAACUAUAAAGAUAUUUGAAGAACAGUGUCAAACCCAGGAGCGGUACAGCAAAGAAUCCAUAGAAAAGUUUAAACGUGAAGGCAACGAGAAAGAAAUACAAAGGAUUAUGCAUAAUUAUGAAAAGUUAAAGUCUCGAAUCAGUGAAAUUGUUGACAGUAAAAGGCGGCUAGAGGAAGACUUGAAGAAGCAGGCAGCUGAGUAUCGGGAGAUUGACAAACGUAUGAAUAGCAUUAAGCCAGACCUCAUCCAACUUAGAAAGACAAGAGACCAAUACUUGAUGUGGUUGACACAGAAAGGGGUCCGGCAAAAGAAGCUCAAUGAAUGGCUGGGCAAUGAAAACACUGAAGAUCAAUAUUCGCUGGUAGAAGAUGAUGAAGAUUUGCCCCACCAUGAUGAGAAGACCUGGAAUGUCGGAAGCAGCAACCGAAACAAAGCUGAAAACCUACUGCGAGGGAAGCGAGAUGGCACUUUUCUUGUCCGGGAGAGCAGUAAACAGGGCUGUUACGCCUGUUCUGUUGUGGUGGAUGGUGAAGUAAAGCAUUGUGUCAUAAACAAGACCGCGACGGGCUAUGGCUUUGCCGAGCCCUAUAACUUGUACAGCUCUCUGAAAGAACUGGUGCUACAUUACCAACACACCUCCCUCGUGCAGCACAAUGACUCCCUCAACGUCACACUAGCCUACCCGGUAUAUGCACAGCAGAGGCGAUGAAGCGCUGGCCCUCGGAUCCUUCUCCUGGAGUUCACACACCCUGAAACCUCUGGAAAGCACAGGGCUUCUCUCCAGCCUGACCUGUGAAUUGAGCUGCGGAAACGAAGCUGUCUGCCUUCAGAUGGGACUCGAGCUUUCUUCGACAAAAAGUAGUAGGGGAAGACAAGCAGCCUUGCACUGCUGUGCCAUGACCACACAUUUCUAAUCCGGAUUGCUUAUCCUUUCUUCCCUUUUUUUUUGGUUUAAUUUAAAGCCACAAUUAAACAAAGAGAAAAAGAAAUGCAAAAAUCUCUGCGUGCAGGGACAAAGAGGCCUUUCACCAUGGUGCUUGUUAAUGCUUUCUGCAGCUUUACCAGCUCAAAGUUGGGACCUUGUAGACCUCGGAGGGUGGAUGGGCCAAAGAGCCCUGCCCGGGACGCUCGGUCCAGCCUGGCCGUUGCUGUGAUGGUGGGCCCAGACACAUCGCACUGUGGAUUAUUUCAUUUUCUAACAAAUGAACGAUAUGUAGCAGACAGGCACUUCCACUCACAAGGGACACUUUGGGAGAAUGUCAACUCACAUGUGUUCAAAGAAAAUUCUGUUGUGACAGAGUGCCAGAAAGUGUGUUGUUUAAACUUUUCAAAAUAAAAAAACCCACCAACAAAGAAAUCGAACUUGGAAAACAAGACUUUAAGUGACAUUCAGUAUAUAAAAUAUGUACAUAAUAUGGGAUGACUAACUAUAAAAUAGAUGGAUUUGUAUCGAUACCAAAUAGCUUCUGUUUUGUUUUGCUGAAAGCUAAAUUCACAGUGCUAUGCAACUCUUAAUUUUUAUCAAGUUGUUAUCUCAGUUUCAAAUAUACCUUCAGAAUAAGCUUCCCCCACCCCAGUUUUUGUUGCUUGAAAAUAUUGUUGUCCCGGAUCUUUUUGUUAAUAUUCGUUUUGUUAUUUUUUUUAAAGAAAUGUAUAGGAUGCCAGUUUAAAAAAAAAUGGCUUCAGAAUUAAAACUAUGAAAUAUUUUACAGUUUUUCUUGUACAGAGUACUUGGCUAUUAGCCCAAGGUUAAAAACUUCAUAACAGAUUUUUUGGACUAAAUGUUUUGUUGGGCAGUGCCUGAUAAGCUUCAAAGCUGCUGCUUUAUUCAAUAAAAAAGAGAAAGAUAUAUGAAUAUGACAAAGUAUCGCUAAGUUCAGCAAUGUUGUUUCGAGACUUAAAAUACGGUACCUGACAAUGUUUGUUUCAUAAAGAAUUGUGAACUUCUUGAAUCUGUGGGGGCGGGGGUAUAGCAGUCGGGUGUACAGGUGGGAUGUUGGGGAGCGGUGGCUCCGUGGUAUGCACUUUGUCGAGAUUGCAGAGAAGUGAAUUAGUGCAAAGUGAAGUUGCUUAUACUUCAGUCUUUCCCAUUUCACCCUGCCAGUUACUGACAAUUACCAAGCUACUGUAACCCAGGGCAGCCGCUCAGAUCUCAGCCGGCAGGGGCAGGCGAGGCUCCAGGAACGUGUUCACCUUCGUUGGCAAAGUUGACUUAAAGGUAUACCCUCGCAUUUAUAAAUCUUCUCUGACACAUUAGGCUACCCACGACCACCGACCAACAUUCAUUUUAGAAAAGGCAUGAUCUAAAAAAUAAGUUCUUCUUCUAACUGUCCAUUCAACUUAGAUAACAAAGCAAAUAGGAUGGUGGCUAGUGCCGGGUGGCACUCGCUUACAGGCACAGCCAUCGCAGCCGCGCUCCGAAGGCCCUUCCCACCACCCAGACCCUGGUAUCUUCCCCGGCGGGGUGAGGGGGGUGUGCCAAGAGGCCAUUUUCCAAUUUAGGGCGGGAGUGAGAGGCCACUUUCCCUGAAUUACAUAUGCAAAAGCCUUUCUGUUCAGCAGAAGUUGGACAUGUGUUGGAAGGAAUAAUCACGGUCACUACCUUGUAGAUUAAAGUGGAAUCUCAAUUUGUUUUCCUUUCUCAAUACUAAACAGACUCACCCACAGCUUGCUUUCUUUUCCCUUCAAAUGCUGGGGUGAGGGUUGUUUGGUUUUUAUAUUGUUCCUUUGAAAGUUCUUUUGAAGGAAUCAGUCUAGCAGCUGACUUAACUGUAGAAUGUAUUUUUUCCUCUUUACAUGAAGCUACUCAUAUUCGAGCAAUAGUCAGUCUUACAGCCGGACUGUCAGCCCUCAAACUUGACUGUACUGAUCUGACCAUCUAUCUCCCUCAUCUCCAGACAAUUGAUUUCCCUGCUUUUAGUCUAUGAGUGUCUGCUUUACAACUUGCCUUUCCUGUCACACAGAGAUCUAACAAUUAAUUAGCUAAUAGUUUAUGAACUAGUGGUGGUGUUUUUUUUUGGUAGCACAUCCAUGUAUGCUAUUCAGUAUAUUUUUUUACUUAAUUUCUAAAAUACAAGUCCUGAGAUGGGAUGUUUCAUUAAGAGUUACAGUUUUGUAAUGUUUUGCUUUGACACAUCACGUCAUGACAUGGUAUGCAGGCACUUGCCUUCUUUUCCAUUUCAAGUAUAAAUGCAACAGACUCCUUUAAACAGCAAAGGCAAGAUUCGUCAUUCCUUAUCACAGUGAGUUACACCAUCCAUGUGAUGUGACCCCUCUGGCAAAUGCCUUUUUGAUUGCGUGUAGCAUGCCCACUCCACCUGUCACUCUAGAUGUUUAACCUGGGUUCAGUCUCCUAACAGUAUUGUCUGAGUGGCUCAGGAGUAGAAAUGACUACAGCAGAGCACUCCCGAUAUAUGCUUUUAUCCAUGCAUUGAUUUUCUCACCAGUGUAGUGUCCUAAAUGUCACCAGCUAAGCUGCAGAGGCUGUAAUAGGGCUGUAGAAAUGGGAGCUUUGGGACCCGAUAGUACACGAGAAAAAUCACCACAUGAAAAGGCAAAAAGCAUGUGUUUGCAACAUCUGACAGCUUCAUGGCCCUUUAUCUGUAUAUAUGUAUAUGUGCAUGGACUGUGUUCCAAGAACACCUCAGCUGAAAUGAUUCCACAGUCGUUGAGUUCAGUACAUAACAAGCAAGUGUCUAGUACAAGUCUUGUAUAUGUGUAUGGGUUGUUUCCUUCCUUUGAAGUUGCUUUGUUUUGUCUUUUGAAGAUGAAAAUUGUUUGCAAGUGUAGUGAGAAGUUCAUAAUUCUUUGGCUUUUUUCUGUUUUUAGAAGUUACUCCUUUGGGGGAACUGGUCUGGAUGACUUGCUUAACUUGGAAAUUCUCCUUAUCAGUGUGUUGAGUCAAAAUGUGUGUAUGUGAGCUGUCACUGUGGGGAACAAUCGCUUUGUCAUAUAGCUGGUUAUGAACUAGUGAUGUGUUUGGGAAGUCCUACUGAUGUUCCUUACUGGGAGAAAAAAAUCUGCUGGUGUUAACAACUGUGCUUUUGCUAUGCAUGGUGUCCACGUCAGUUGGAAGGCAGACCCUGAGAUUUGAGUUCAGGGUCAUUUAAGAAAGGGGCAGUUGAAAGCACAAUGCCUCACAUGGGACAAAGUUCCAAUAUGCCAAAUUAUUAUUUUUUACAAAAUCUAGUUACAUAAAUACUAGUAUGACAAGUAGGGAGGAAAUAGAAUUGGGUUAAUUGGAAACACUCUUCAAGUUAACAUGAAAUUUGUCACCAUGAGAUAGCAUUAGCUGCCCAGGAUGCUGCUAUUAAAAAAAAAAAAA